CCGAAUGCUAACCGUAACGUUUUAUUCUUUCGCAUAACAACGACCACUAACAGCCACACCCAAACCCGCACCGCUCCAACGUCUACCAACAGCGGGCCCCGUAGAACCUCCGUCUUCUUCUCCGGCUGCCAAAGCGCAGCUUCUUCGCGCCUCCUCCACCGUAUUACAGCUGUAGUGGUGUGAUUCUCCGGAAUCAAAAUUAUCAACAUAAACUCAUCAAACACUUCCAAAACACAAUAAUCAAACUUUGGAUUUGAUAGCUUAGCUUUGUCAGGGUUGUUGGCGGCGUCUCUUUUCAUCUCGAUCAUAUAUUUCAACAGUGGGAACAUAAAUCUAAUUGUGAGUCUUCUGCAUAAUUGGGAAGAUGUCAACUGCACGGCCUUUAAAGAAAUUGGUGUCCUGCAUUAUCCUUGAUUUGGAUGGUACACUACUGAACACAGAUGGUAUUGUAAGUGAAGUUUUGAAAGUUUAUUUGGGUAAGUAUGGAAAGCAGUGGGAUGGGCGGGAAGUUCAAAAAAUAGCUGGAAAAACACCAUUUGAAGCUGCAAGUGCUGUUGUGGAAGAUUAUGGGUUAUCGUGUACAACGAAUGAAUUACUUUCAGAGAUUACCCCAUUGUUCUCCAAUCAGUGGUGCAACAUUAAAGCGCUUCCAGGUUCCAAUCGGCUAAUUAAACAUUUGAGUGGUCAUAGAGUGCCAAUGGCAUUGGCUUCAAACUCUCCAAAGGAAAACAUUGAAACCAAACUUUCUUUUCAUCAGGGCUGGAAGGAAUCUUUUUCAGUCGUCAUUGGUGUUGAUGAAGUAGGUUCUGGGAAGCCAUCUCCUGAAAUAUUCCUUGAAGCUGCUAAAAGGCUCAAUGUUGAACCUUCCAGCUGCCUUGUCAUUGAAGAUUCUCUACCGGGUGUUAGAGCUGGAAAGGCUGCUGGAAUGGAGGUGGUCGCUGUACCCUCCAUCCCAAAGCAGUCCAAUCUCUAUACAUCAGCGGAUGAGGUGAUAAACUCUCUACUUGAUUUGCGACCUGAAUUGUGGGGCCUACCUCCUUUCCAAGACUGGAUAAAAGAUACUUUACCAAUAGAACCUUGGCAUAUUGGUGGUCCAGUUGUUAAGGGAUUUGGUCGGGGCUCAAAAGUACUCGGGAUCCCUACAGCAAAUUUAUCCACAGAAGGAUAUGCAUCUCUUCUUUCCGAACAUCCCUCGGGAGUAUAUUUUGGUUGGGCUGGAUUAUCAACACGGGGUGUCUUCAAAAUGGUCAUGAGUAUUGGUUCGAAUCCUUAUUUCAACAACACGGAAAAGACUAUAGAGCCAUGGCUGCUUCAUGACUUCGAUGAGGAUUUUUAUGGGGAAGAACUGCAUCUUAUUAUAGUUGGCUACAUACGGCCUGAGGCGAAUUUCUCAUCGCUUGAGAGCUUGAUAGAAAGGAUUCAUGAGGACGGGCGAAUUGCGGAGGAAGCUCUUGAACUUCCAUUGUACUCAAAGUACAAGGACGACUCGUAUCUCAAAAUUUCUACCUGAGGAUGUUACUGCCUUACUCGAAGCGCGCUUUCUCUACACAUGAUGGGCUAAAACAAUAAUUGAAAUUGUACACUCACUAUUGAGGAAAUUUUAUGUCCGUCUCAUGAAUGUAAUAUGAAUACACACAUAUUAGUCACAAUCAGUGCUUAAAAUAUAGUUAUUAUUAGAAAUAUCAAUGGAUAUAUUGAUAUUGAUAUCA